AUGAAUGCCACAUUGAAGUUGCACUGGGCCGUCGCCCGUCGGCCAUCACUCUACCUGUCGAAGACUAUUCCGAGAUGCACACCCCAAAGACGACGCUUCUCAGCGAUCCCUGCCAGUGAGGAUACACUUCCUCUGAAAGGUAUCAGAGUUCUUGAUAUGACAAGAGUGUUGGCCGGCCCUUAUUGUACACAGAUUCUAGGUGAUUUGGGAGCAGACAUCAUCAAGGUCGAACAUCCCGUUCGCGGUGACGAUACUCGUGCCUGGGGACCUCCAUAUGCAAAGUACACCGAUGAGUCGCGGAAAGGCCCUGGUGAAAGUGCUUACUACCUGGCGGUCAAUCGCAACAAGAGAUCCAUCGGCCUUUCCUUUGCUCACAAGUCCGGCAUCGAGAUUCUACACAAGCUUGCGAAAGAGUGCGAUGUCCUUGUCGAAAAUUACAUUCCUGGUAGUUUGAAGAAAUACGGCCUCGAUUAUGAAACGCUACGGUCCAUCAAUCCCAAGCUGAUCUAUGCGAGCAUCACAGGAUACGGCCAAACAGGGCCUUAUAGUAACAGAGCUGGUUACGAUGUGAUGGUUGAGGCUGAAUUUGGGCUUAUGCACAUUACAGGAAGUAGAGAUGGUGACCCAGUUAAGGUCGGUGUGGCCGUUACAGAUUUAACAACUGGGCUGUACACGUCGAACGCGAUCAUGGCAGCAUUGCUUGCCCGCGUGAGAACCGGACAAGGGCAGCAUAUUGAUGCUUGCCUGAGCGAUUGCCAAGUUGCUACCCUGGCAAAUAUUGCGAGCUCGGCUCUGAUCAGUGGUAAGAAGGACUCAGGGAGAUGGGGAACUGAGCACCCAUCCAUUGUGCCUUAUCGAAGCUACAAGACGAUUGAUGGAGAUAUCCUGCUUGGAGGCGGUAACGACAGGCUCUUUGGCAUAAUAUGCGAUCGUCUAGGGUACCCUGAGUGGAAGGCCGACCCUAGAUUUGUAACGAACAGCGAUCGAGUGAAGCAUCGUAAAGAGCUCGAUGGUAUGAUCGAGAAGACAAUUGCACAGAAGACCACACAGGAAUGGCUUGAUAUUCUGGAGGGCAGUGGGAUGCCUUACGCUGCAAUCAACGACAUUCAAGGGACACUAAACCAUUCUCAUGUGCAAGCACGAGGAAUGGUCACCGAGGUAGAUCAUCCAGCCUGUGGUCCCAUCAAACUAGUGAACACUCCGAUCAAGUACUCGCAUGCAACUCCUGGCGUGCGAAGACCACCUCCAACUCUCGGUCAGCACACCGACGAGAUACUCGAAGAGAUCCUGGAUUAUGGAAAGAGCGACAUUGCCCGUUUGAAGAAGGAGGGUGUAUUAUCAUAA